UGAUACUGUAGAUUUUUAAAGCAUAGGUUUCUUUCAGAUUUGCGAUCCACGCGUACGAAUUGACAACUUUUUUCAGGCAGUCAUCACCGGAAUGUCUGUGGAAUGCCAUUCCAGACAAAACUGAUUCACGUGGCUCUACCCUUUUUUGACAAAAAUCGCGUCUGAACCUGCGAUGAACAAAACUAGGUAUACCUUCGAAAUAGAUGAUACCAGCACAGGAAAGAUUCAUUUUAAACGUAGUGGAAUAAACUUCAUUGUUGCGUUAUUUAAUUUUAAUGAAGAAUAGGUCCUAUGUUAGAUUGGAAUAUUUGAAGUCAUGUGUCAUCAGCGCAGACUUGCUUUUCGAUUUCGAGUGAUUCGCUAGGAGUUUUAUGAAAUCAGUCACUAUCAGAAAGGAUCAAUCACUAUCAAUGUUUAUCGAAUGCAUCGGCAACUCUCUGUAGCAAAUGAAAAUCAGAGAAGAUUCUCCGCCUGGUGCUUAUGUGGUGACAUCGAACGUGAUGGCAAGAAAGUAUACCAAGCCUUCUGAAGUGAUUGAUGCUUGUAUGGAUGUGCUUAGAGAAGAAGGCGGAGAUAAUUGUAUAUUGCAGACGGAGAGCCCAAGGGCAACCACACAAAGGGGUGAGUCCGUUGAUUUGCCUCUUUCGCCCACAAUGGGAGAAUUUGAUCCUGACUUGUUGCACCCAUUUUAUCCUGAUUGCGAAAAAAUUGCGGACAGGACAAUGGGGCAAGGAAUUUCCAGCGUAAACUUGAGUGGAGAUCCAUUUUCACCAGAAAUGCUGUCUCCUUCCAGUAACCCCAGCUUCAGUGGGAGGAACGAUUCAUCAAUGUCCAUGCGGUACCCUCGGCAAUGCGAGGAAAGAGUCGCAGAAAAUAUUGGAUUAAAUUGUGAUAUAGUAACAGGAUCGAAUGAACAAUCUGGUUUCACUGUUCGGAGGCAUUCACAACACGCCCACGUUGGCAGAACAGGAAGGCGUUUCCUGUCUUCCGAAACAAUAGGUUCCAGCUCGAGUUGCAGUCAUAACUAUAUAGCAAAUGUACACAAGCAGGGAGCUGUACUUGUGGACCAUAACCUCGAUGACGCGAGACGAGAGAAUAGCGCCGUAUUUUCGGCUUCCGCUAAAACGGGCGAAGAAGAUCGACGAACUCUCAGAGACAAUAGUUCGUCGACAUUCGAGAGUGUGUUGAAAAGUGUCGUAUCGUCUGGCGUUUCUUGUGAGUUAGAUACGGCCAUAUCUGCAACUCGUUCGCGUCGAGGAAGCGCUAAUAUUCAGUCAAGUGAUAUAUUUACUAACAAAAUAUCACCAAAAAGCCGUAUAUCAAACUAUUCUUCUUGUCGAUUGAACGUGCCACAUGACGAAUUUUUAUCCUGUGAUAUAAGCGUAGACGAGAAAGUGUCUAAUCAGCGCGUCGAUGCGAGCCUACCGAUGACAAAGAAUUACGCAUCGCAUAAAUCUAGCGCGUGUUUGUUAGAAGAAGAGUGGAAGCGGAAGUCAGAAUAUGGCAGUGCUGAUCCAGCAAUGCACGAAGCCAGUUUCGGACAAGCGAGUGACGUACAGUCGUUGAUUUAUUCAGCUAAUAUCGGUAAAACUUACUCAGCCUCGGGCAGUAUAUCAGAUAGAAUUGUUGGCACAACUGAAAAGGUUCGUUUUGACUCAGCAUCUAAUCGGGCAAGCAGACUACCUGUUGGGACGAAAAUAAACUUAAGUCAUGACGAUAGAAGUACUGCUGCCUCCUACGAUGUUGGCACAUCAUAUUUGCCUGUUCAGACACUGACGCGUAAGGCCAAUUGUGCACAAGGUGCUGGGCGGGAAAGGCAAGGUUUAGACAGGCCCAGUGAAAAAAUUGCCGUAAGCAGUUCUUAUUCCAAUGCCCAUGAUUCCUCUGGGGAAGACAAUAAUAAACCUGUUAAUUUAUGUUUACUUCAGGAAAAACGUGAAUAUCAGUUAGGCCAAAAACAGUUUCCUUCUAAAGAUACGAGAAAUAGAGAAUUCCGCAAAUACACUAAAUCUUUUUCAAUUAGACCAAGACCUUACCAACAUUCCAAACGAUUAAACGAAAGUCAGUGUACUGUAGGCGCUGUUUCUCAAGAUAAAAAUCAAAUAUUCGAUUUGGGAUGCAUCGACGAUAAGUCAGACUGGAAUAGAAAGGCAGGAAUUUGUGACAUGGGAGUAGAAAACAGAACUAAUCUGGGAACCUAUAACAAAGAACCAUUCUUAGCUGGAUUUGGACAAAGAAGUACGGCGGAUUCAAAUUUAUCUUCACUAUUUUCAACGAGCGGGUCGUCCCAUAUGAUGGUACAGGACGAAGCUAAAACAUACGCUGUUUUAAGUGGUCGUCACAACGAAGAUCUCAUGAAUCCACACUCAUUGCCAACAAAGGGGUCGUCGCAACAACAGCAAUCUCUUUACCAGCAGUCACGCAUUUCGCACUCCAUCAUAAAUUAUGCUGGCCCACAAGGUCACAGUCCCGAUCUGAGGGCGACCGCAAUGAGUCCUUCUCCUCCAGUACGCGACCAUAGAGCGACUCCAUCAUCAUCUCUUCCGGGCAUCUUACCUUCGUCAACAGUGUUUUCAAAUAUUUUAGUUGGCCGUCAACAGCAUAUUUCUGUUAGUCCUUCCCGGCGAGAGGAGUAUCAUGCACACGAUUCAUUCCAAAGACAUUACGAACAUUUGUCCAACCCCUUUGAACCCGGAAUUUCAGAAUCUCGUCAUUCUUUCCAGCCUCGCCAUCCCUUAUCACUUGAUCACCAUGCUGGAACUUCAACCUUCUCCCCUGUUCAAAUAUCCCCACAGGAUCAUCAACAAGUAUUCUCAUCUCAUUCUGCAUCGAUAAUGCCAUAUGGCGGUUCUCUUCAAAUCGCCCAACACCAAGGAUAUCUGAAGCCUCCACCCGUGCAUUUGGACGAUAUGUCUGACGAAGAACGUGAGCGGAUGCGAGUAAAAAGAGAGCGAAAUAGAGUUGCCGCAGCCAAAUGCAGGAACAGGAGAAGAGAGUUGCUUGAACGUUUGGAAAAGGAAGCAGAGCAGUUGGAACGUGAACAGGAACUUUUGAGAGAAAACGUGCGUCGAUUGCGGGUUCAGAAACUCCAGUUGGGUAACAUGCUGGAGGAACACGAACCAUCAUGUCAAAAAACAAUCAGCGAAGAAGAAAUAAAAACCCUCGAGGAAAAAGAAAGAAAUUCAAACGAUGAUCAGCUUAAGAGCGCAUCGUCUGGUGGAAUGGAUACCAAUGAAUCAUCUGCGUCAAAAAUUUCAUCAUCACCUCCCCAAGUAACAACUCAAGCAUGAAGUUCACUCAUACACGACAAGUUGAGUUUCAUUGUUGGAAUACAUCUUUCGAAGUUAAUAUUGGUAUCUAACCGUCCAAUGUGAACAGGAAAACUCAUGCACAAUUUUUAUCCAUUGUUGUGAUCGUGCACUUACCAAUUUGAUUUUCACCAAGAUGUAUGAGCACGCAUCUCGGUUUUUGGAAGUGAGGACAUAAUAUUACUUUUCUAAAGCAAUGGGUCUCGAUUUCUUCAGUGUGAGGAGGUGGCAAGGACCAAAGUUCACUGCAUAUUUGUAUAAUAUUUUAUUUCCUUUUCCCCAAUUUUUAUGGGUAUCAUGUCUGCUGGAAUUUAUUAUAAAAUUUCAUUCAAGUGUCAGAAUCAUGAACGCAGUGCAUCAUAUUUUGUGCGAUUCUAUGCAAUCGAGAGUGAAUAUAGUCGUUCACUCUAUUAUCACAAUGUUUUUUUUAAGUGAAUUUCCUUUUCAAACCAGGAAAUGGACUUAGCUGCUUGUUUUUCCUUGUGUCGCCACAGAUCAGAGAAUAGGAAUGCUGUGGGUAAAUUCUAACAUUGUGAUCAUAAAAUGUGGUCAAAAAGGAAACAUAUGUUAGUUUGAAAUUUAGAAGGAUUUGUCUUCGCAGUAAAAUCAUAUAAAUUCAACUCUGAUCGAAAAAUCGUUAAACAAUGCAAUUGCUGUUUUUCAAUGCAAGUCUUACUUUCUAUCAAGCGCAACUAAUGUUUCGCGAUUUAAGUAAUAAUUGAACUGACACAACUAAUAUUCAAUAUUUUUAUUCGUCUAAUAUGUUUAUUGCACUACAAUUUUGCCUGUCGAUAAAAUUAAACAUUAUUCGUUUGAAAAACACUCAUAAUCGGUUUACUGGUUGACCAUAUUUACUCACACCAAGCUAUAAGAUUCGCCUGUUGUCAUUGUUCGCAACGCAACACUGUGUAAGAUUUGCCGCUUCAACAGCAGCUAAACACUGUUCUGCCUGGAUUUUCUACCACUGAUUUCGACACGAUGGCGAAUAGUAAUAUUUUCUCAACAACCUGUUGUUUACUAAUUAAUAAACACUACAGAGUUGUUGUUUUUUUCAUUUGUGAGUGAGCUUUUGUGUAUACAUCCGGGUUACAUACUCGAAAACAGGCGUUAUUCCAAAUUGAAAAUUUCAUAUUUCAUGGAGCUAUUGAUUUCUUGAGAAUAUUGUUCAUGAUUAGUUUGUUGUUACUUUUCAAACAAUUGGGGUUAAUUUGAAAACGAAUUGAUCUAACCGCGUAAAGGUAAUUGUAUUAACUUCAACAAUAAAAAUUGCCUCGUUCCAAGUUUAAUAUGUUCUUCGUUCAAAUACUAUCAUCAAACCUAUCGAUUUUAAACCACUUGAAAAUUCCUGAAAUAGGGGGUUUUGCUACAAAAUAGUUUCAGCUGUGUGAAGUAUAUUACCUUGUUAUGUAUAAUAACAAUAAUAAUAUGAUAUUAGAAGGUAAUGAAUGAUAUAGAUGAAAAUUGACUCGAUAUUUUCUCCUGACAUGAUGCAUGUGGAAAUCAGUAAUGAUUUUAUAUCCACUCAAUUUUUGACUCUGGUACUUGAGUUACUUUUGAAAGUAUAUAAUGUAAAGAGCGUGUUCCAUUCUCAGAUCUUUCAUUUUAAUAUAUUUGAGCUUUGUAACCAUUUUUCAGUAUCUGAUUAUAAUUUUUUUUAUUAACUUGAUUGCCACAUUAAUCGUGAAACUGUUCUAAGUAUCGUUUUUGAAUGAAUGCCUGAGGGUAAUUUGUUGGUUUGCACGUAGCUUUUCAACUAAAUCUCAUAUUCCAACAUAUCUCAAUUGACGCCAUUUUAUUUGGACGCAAUGUUGUUAUGGGAGACCAUUUUGUUGUUUUUAUUUUGGGAGACCAUUUCAAUUUAUUGGGGAUUAAAUAAUUCUAGAUUUGAUGCAACGAUAUCAUUUUUACUUAGGAUUUAAAUAGAAUAAUUCAUUUAACAUUUCAAAAAUGUUCUUGCGGGUUUGCGCAAAUGGUCUUCCCUCAAAUGACAUUGUCGUAUUUUUUCUCUAUUUAUUUUCAUUUAUUUAUACCGUUUCACACUGAACUUUAUGACAGCUCUACUGCAACUUAAGAUAAGUUUUAACUUUGUAUUUGUUUAUUAUUUGCUGUGGAAUUUGAUCGUACAUACCUUGUAGCAUUCGUUUUGUUGCUUUUGUGCAAUACGGAGAUUUUUUGCUUAAUGAUGUCAGUACACGGAGUAAAAAUAUUGUA